ACCAGCCAAAAACUGGAUUCUCUGCAAUGUGCGUGCUAUGGGAGACGCAGCCACUUAUACAGAUGCCAGGGUGAAACUCCAUCAAGCUGAAUAUACAUCAGACCUGACAGACACUGACGAUCGCUUGAGAAAGAGAAAGGGAAGUGCAAAACUCUUCGAAAGCCAACAGAGCAAGCAACUAGAAUCAAGUGAGAAUUCUGAUUCGGAGGAGGAAUUUCCACCCACUCCCCGUGAAAAACUCCUUGGGCUAGCAGCAAAGCAAAUGAUCAGCCCCACUGCCCAGCGAGUUGCCAGUUCCACUAUCCAGCAGGACGCCAGCCCCACUGCCCAGAGUCUUGCAACCCCCGGUUGUGAAGCCAUGUUCUCUAAACUUCUUACAAUUCUAGAAGAAGUGAAGGAGACCCAGCGGGUUCACAGUAAGAUAUUAAAUGCCCUACUGAAGAAGCAAGAGGCACCAGUGAUGGAGGUUCCUGAAGGAGUGGCCUUCCCUCUGCAAACUCAAGCUGAUGUUGAGGCUCUCGAUGAGAAACUGAAAGACCGCAGUCUAAUGUCUACUGUUGCUGCCGUGGUAGCAGAUGUAGGGGGCACAAGUGUAGAUGACGCAACAAGGCGAAUGAUGAAAUUCCUUCUGUCAAACGAGCUGGCAUUGGACUACAACCUGUUCGGCCGUCACGGAAAAAAGAAGUUUAAGGACUUGCGUCUUUUCAGUGUUGUAUAUGAGGCUCUUAAGAAGAACACAUUGACGGCACAAGUGAACCAGCAGGAAGCUGAGAGGGCACUGUCAAAAUGGUUCACUGGGGCAAGAGACAGAGGAGGACGAAGGGCGUCCAGACAGCCAAUGCAAACUUAAACAGAAAUGUGUUCUCGGGUACAGCUUCUGCUCCAUGCCUGACUGUCCUGGAAAGUGGUUCUGUCUAGACCCUCUACAGUUUCAUCCAUGUUCCUCACGAUUAUGCAAUGUUGAUCUGUUGUCCUGUUCAGUCAUUAUUCACCUCUGAAAACUUGUUUUAAAAAAAUUCAUAUGAUAGAAGUUAUACUGUCCAUGUAUAAUAAAAGCUGAAUUUGGA